GCCUUUGAACGUCACAUCCCGCAUCAACCGCCGCUUCUGACACAAAUGUGGAACAAACGAGAAAAACACGAGAAAAACACGAGAAAAACACCAGAGAACGAGCCGCGACUGGAACAUGAGGCUCUGUCCUGACCCUGAGCCGGACACAGCGGACACAACGGCCACCGACACCGCCUAGAAACUGGACACAAGCCGCACACAGGAGCCGGACACAGGAGCCGGACACAGGAGCCGGACACAGGAGCCGGACACAGGAGCCGGAGCAUCGUGAGCCGCAGAGGGUGACGCAGGUGACUCCGCCCACACGUGGACCUGUGGGUUUCGCUGUAGAAUAUUUUCAGCUGAAUAUUAUUGGCGUUCGUGGUUUCUUGGCGUCUCGUUCCUUGUUUUGUGGCUGGACCAUGGCCUCGGGUCAGUCCAGCGUCCUGCAGGAGGAGCUCACGUGUCCAGUGUGUUUGGACUUGUACCGUGACCCACAUUUACUCCCCUGUGGACACAACUUCUGCAAAACCUGCCUGGACCGCCUCAAACGGCAAGCGGACAGAGGCCGUUUCAGAUGCCCGGAAUGUCGCGACAGUCACCGGUGUAACUCCGCCUUCCAGAAAAACUUCAAACUGGCGAACAUCGCCGACGACUACCGGCACAGGCGGAGACAAAGCGCGUCUACGGCGGCCGGUUGCAAAUCUCGAGAGGGCGUCUUAUGUCAGGGCGCGGCGCAGGCCAGGGCCGUCAGCGCCUCUGUGCCCUGUGACUACUGCCCCCCGGUGGCAGCAGAGGCCGGCGGCGCAGAGGGGGCAGAGGGGGCAGGGGCAGCUUCCUCUCAGGACGCCGCAGAUCCAGGUAAAGGUUUUGCCGUGAAAACGUGUUUGAAGUGUGAAGUGUCCAUGUGUCAGGAGCACGUCCGGCCUCACCUGGAGCUGCCUGCGUUUAAAGAGCACCCGCUGUCUGACCCCCUGAACGACCUCUGGAGGAGGAAGUGCCCCGACCACGAUGAGCUCUACAGAUAUUACUGCCUGGAUGAUAAGGUGUGUGUGUGUAACGCCUGCACCAUCGAGGGAGGACACUCAGGCCACACCAUCAAAACCCUGAAGAACACCAUGAAAGAUCUGAAGAUGAGUCUGGAUAAACAGAUGUACAGAGUGGAGCGCAAGUUCAGCCUGGCAGAGAAGAAACUCCAAGAACAGAGGGAGAAAGAACGACAGAACAAGAGGUUCAUCGAGGAGUCGGACCAGAGCCUGACUCGACUGGAGGAGGAGCUAAAGGUCAAAGUGCAGUGUUUCAUCAUCCGUUUGAGGCAGUGCAGUCGGACGCACUGGGACACGAACGGCCCCGCCAUCCAAAAGAACGUGUCCAGGAUCGGACAGGACCAGGCCCGACUACAGGAAGUCCGCUGUGGCCUGGAGGGCCUGCUGCAGGAGAGCGACCCCUUCAGGUUCAUCCAGGCUUACAAGACGACAGGAAAACAGUGCCGUCGUCAGCUGCGUAAGGACCUGUUCUACCCGGAGUACGUCGACAUGGAGACGGAGGUGCUGGGCGUCAUGAUGGAGGACGAGAUGAGGAAGUUCCUGGACCAAGAACUGCCCUGCCACAUCACAGCAGCCAUCAACUCCCUCUGUUACUUUUCAGACCUGGAGGAGGAAGAGGAGGAGGCAGAAGGAAACGAGGAAGAUGCCGCAGAGGAGGACGACGAUGAUGAAGAUGAUUUUCUGGACGACAGCAGCGAAGAAGAGAUGAGGAGCGAAGGAGAGGAAGAAGAGGAGGAGGACGAGGAGGGACAGGACCAGAGUGACCUGGGAGACGACACCUACAGCGUCAACCUCGAGGAGGAAGAGGAGGAGGAGGAGGAGGAGGAGGAAGAAGAGGAGGAUGCAGAGAUCGUGAGAGGAGUGUGACAAACGACUCAAACUGGACUCGUUUUGCACUUCCAACGUGAUGAUGUCAUCACAUUCUCUGAACACAGACGAGGUCACCGGGGUCACCGGGGUCAAGGUCCAAGCGCCGCGUGAAACGGACCUCUCUCUCUCUCUCUCUCUCUCUCUCUCUCUCUCUCAGUCACACAGACCCCUCUCUUUCUUUCUUUCUCUCUGUCACACAGACCCCUCUCUUUCUUUCUCUCUCUCUCUCUUUCUCUUUCUCUCUCUUUCUUUCUCUCUCUCUCAGUCACACAGACCCCUCUCUUUCUUUCUCUCUCUCUCUCUCUCUCUCUCUCUCUCUUUCUUUCUCUCUUUCACACAGACAUUUCUUCAUCUGACGUUGUAGAAUGUAAAGAACGUGCUGUGUGUGUUUGAGCUCAGUUGGAAACAAACAUCUGCAAAAUGAAGCCCACAGACUCUUGAGGAAUCUCUUUUUUGCCGUGGUAUUUGGAGGCGGAGUCUUUUUGAAUGUUCUGUGGCGUUUCCUCAGCCUCUGCCUCGCCGGACUCCUGCCCACGUGAACUGCUGCAAACAUCAAGGUGCUUUACCACAAACACAGGACACGUGGGACUCUACACUGGAAGAAUGUUUUGUUUAACAGUUUGAAAAUUGUUGCAUUUUUAAAGGAGAAAUACUUAAUUUUUGGAUGUAUUUUGAAAAAUUGCUCUGCUUCUUAUUUAAAUGAUGUUCUGUAGCAUUUUACGCAUGUGUUUUUCACUGGUACAAGCUUAAUGCAUGACUUGAAUCUAAAAAUGAGAAAGAUUGUGACUCAUUUUAAAGGUGCACUGCGUAACUUUUGUCCCGGAAAGUCUGUCGCCUGCUUGUCUUCUUAGAGAUGUCAUUGCUUUGUUUGUAAUGUUCCACAGUAUGACUUUAAACCUGUUUAUCUCCACGGACAACAAGCCGCUUACCUGCUCACAGUAAAGAAUGUGAAUUAUUGUCACACUCUGGAACAUUCCAAGCAAUAGCAUUUUUAUGGAAACAAGCAGGUGGCCAGAAAAGUUACGUAGUGCAACUUUAAACAUCUAAAAUGCAAGCCAAAGAAUGCGCGCCCCAAACUCAUGUUCUUGGCAUGUUGUUGAUUUGUGCUUGAACCUGUGGCGUUCUGAGCCUAUGCACAGUUCACUCAAUAGAAGAACUUUGUUUAUUCCAGGUGAUGGCGUCUCGCACUUUAUACCAGAAAAUGUACAAACAGUUUGAAUGUAACGCAGUUCUGACGAGAGUGAUUUUGUGAAGGAUAGAAAAGGUAAAUAAACACGUCUGUGAAAUGAUCA